AUGCAUCCUCUUCCGCUCCUAUUCAGACAAUCUCUACGAUCGGGAGUCGGCUUCGCCAAAACUACAGUAUAUAAUCACAUUCCGACCGCGUCGUUUUCGUCACAGUUUGCUCGGCAAAAGUCUGCAUUGCGCAACGUCGGGCCUUCGAUAUGCCUACGAUGUCAAUUCCGUGCACAAGCGAGAUAUUACUCUGUCCCAGGAGAUAAGAAUGAGUCGCGAAGGGAGAAUAUACGAGAUGGGAGUUUAGACAACGAUAAUGCAAAGGUGGAGGAGCCCGGCGCCUCCGGAGCCAGCACCACCUCGCAAUUGCCAAAUAAAGGUCCGGAAGAAGAAUCUAAGGGCGCCUCGCGGCCAGGAGGAGAAAGUGACAUAAAAGGGAGCGAGAGCAGUCUCCCCUCGCAUUGGGAAAACCGCCGGUCGCAGCUUUCGAAACAGUUCUCCCAAUUGAUGGAUAAUUUACAGUCCAACAUCUUCAUUGCGAAUAGACAUAUAAACGACUUGACGGGAUACUCUGCAAUUGAGAAGUUGAAACAAGAUAUUCUCGCUCAGGAGGAUCAUGUUCGACAAGUGCACGCCCGUGUCCGCGAAUCCAAAGAUGCCUAUUCGGCCGCAAUAAACCGCCGUUCCGCCUCUCAGCGCGAGGUUAACGAGCUUCUACAACGAAAGCACGCCUGGACGCCAACAGACCUUGAACGUUUUACAUCGCUAUAUCGCUCCGAUCAUGCGAACGAGAGAGCCGAAACGGAAGCCCAGGAGGCUCUAGUGGCCGCUGAGCGGGAGGCAGAGGAAGCAGCGGCGCUGCUAAGCAAGAGCAUCUUGUCGCGCUACCACGAGGAGCAGAUCUGGUCGGAUAAGAUUCGACGGAUGAGUACAUGGGGAACAUGGGGACUGAUGGGCGUCAACGUGCUGUUGUUUUUGAUCUUCCAAGUGGCAGUUGAGCCGUGGAGGAGGAAGAGGCUGGUCAAAGGAUUCGAGGAGAAAGUGAUGGAGGCUUUGGAGAAAGAGAACGGGGUGGACCAUGUCCCGGCACCGUUGGAUCAAAAGCCAGCUGUUGUUGCCGUGUCUCCUAUUACCCAAGCCCAUCGACACCAGGAAGAUCUGGAGGUAGACGGGCACGGUGAAAAGAGCGUCUCAUCAACGGUUAUGCCUCCAGCUGAGUCUGAUAUUUCCGCUGAACAAGCACAGCCCGAAUUGUCUACACUCGUAACACACUCCGGACCACAACAGCAACAACAACAAGAACAACCGCAGUCUGAGCUCGAGCUCGAGCCCGAACCCGAACCCAUUACCGAACCUCCACUCACCACAAUCCUCCCACCCGAAGCUUCUCUUUCCCCUGAUUCGUGGCAACAAACCUGCCGAGACCUAUUUAGCGAUCGGCGCGUGACACUCUCGCAACGAGACUUGACAACCGUUGCAUUGGAAAGUGCAGCUGCCGGCGCAGCGGUCAUGGGCGUAUUGAUCGCCAUCUUCAGGCCGCGGUAG